GGCCGGGACCACGACCGCGUCCGGGCGCGCCACGUGUACGUAGGAGCGCACCGGAAGCGCCCGGCUGGAGGCGCGGCGGCAGGGCUGGGCGACGGCGGCGGUCAUGGAGCGGGAAGAGGAUUCCUUGUUCGCGCGGCCGGCCCUGGAGACCGAGGGGCUGCGCUUCCUGCACAUCACGGUGGGCUCCCUGCUGGCCACCUAUGGCUGGUACAUCGUCUUCAGCUGCAUCCUUCUCUACGUGGUCUUUCAGAAGCUUUCCGCCCGGCUAAGAGCCUUGAGGCAGAGGCAGCUGGACCGAGCUGCGGCUGCUGUGGAACCUGAUGUUGUUGUUAAACGACAAGAAGCUUUAGCAGCUGCUCGAUUGAAAAUGCAAGAAGAACUAAACGCGCAGGUUGAAAAGCAUAAGGAGAAACUGAAACAGCUUGAAGAAGAGAAAAGGAGACAGAAGAUUGAAAUGUGGGAAAGCAUGCAAGAAGGAAAAAGUUACAAAGGAAAUGCAAAGAAGCCCCAGGAGGAAGACUGUCCUGGGCCUUCCACUUCAUCUGUCCUGAAACGGAAAUCGGACAGAAAGCCUUUGCGGGGAGGUGGUUAUAACCCUUUGUCUGGUGAAGGAGGUGGAGCCUGCUCCUGGAGACCUGGACGCAGAGGCCCGUCAUCUGGCGGAUGAAGCUAAGAAUCUUGUUAGUGUCGCUUUUGACAUUAGCAAGAUGAAUCCUUAACCCUCGAUUCAAUUGCCUUACGCACGCUUUUCACAGUGACUAGCCAAGGGGAGGUGGGGUUGAUUUCUGUUCCUAACUACACCUGCAUAUGUCAGGGCUCCAGUCAGCAAAAGGUAUAGAUGUUGCCUCUAGGCAUUAGGUCAUUGGUCACAUUCUACUUGGAGACAGUGAUUGCAUUCAUUGAUUUCAUGGCUAAUUGCUAGUUGGUAGGUAAAGGCCUCUAGAUGGUUAGCAAUCUUGAUAAAAGAGGCCUAGUAAUGUUCUUUUGAAGUUAGAAAUCCUUGCUGCUAGGACAGUCUCUGUGACAGGUUGCGUUGAAUGAUGUCUUCCUUAUCAAUGGUGAGCCCACCAGUGAGGAUUACUGAUGCAGGCAGUUGAUGGGGUUUGUUUCUGUAUAUUUAUUUUUAUGUACAGAACUUUGUAAAAAUGAAACUAUUUAAAAAACGAGAGUAACAUUUUUAGCAUCUUUAUUCAAGGAGAUUUAUGGACUUGAAUUUGUCUAUCAAACAUUAAAUAGCUUUUUAUUACUCACAA